AAACCUACAAUGCUCUUGGCUCUUUUUCUUCUUUGUUCCACAGCGUUUGCAACGUAUGGAAUGACUAUUCAAGAUAUUCGCAGAUACAGAGAGAGAGCAAAGGCGAUGUUCUACCAUGGAUAUGACAACUACAUGCAGCAUGCAUAUCCUAGAGAUGAACUAAAGCCGUUGUCUUGCGAAGGAAUUGACACAUGGGGGAGCUACUCAUUGACUCUCAUUGAUGCCAUGGAUACUCUAUUGAUAAUGGGAAAUCAGUCUGAGUUUAUCAGAGUUUAUGAUGUUGUAAGAAAUAUAAACUUCAACAUCGAUACCAAUGUUUCAGUGUUUGAAACUAAUAUUAGAAUAAUUGGAGGUUUACUUUCUUCACAUUUAUUGUCAUACAAAGUUUCUUUGAUCAAGUUGAAUCCUGACUGGCCAUGUGAUGGUCCAUUGCUAAAGUUGGCUGUGGAUGUAGCAAACAGACUGCUUCCUGCAUUUGAGACUGCAACGGGACUACCAUAUGGUACUGUCAACCUUAGAUAUGGAGUUCCUCCAGACGAAACAACUGUCACGUGUACUGCAUCUUGUGGCACAUUUCUGUUGGAAUUUGGACUUUUAUCGAGGCUAACAGGUGAUGCAAAAUUUGAGACUGUUGCAUUGAAGGCUAUGAAUGCGUUGUGGAAUGGACGUGCCCAAACUGGUCUUGUUGGUAAUCACAUUGACAUUAUGACUGGAGACUGGACUGCAAUUGAAUCUGGAAUUGGAGGAAACAUUGAUUCUUACUAUGAGUAUCUGUUAAAGGGUGGCAUACUGUUUAAUAGACGUUCUCUUCUGCACCAAUUUGAAGAGUAUUACUUUCACAUCAGUCGUCUUCUGAGACGUGACGACUGGUAUUUAUGGGCAAAUAUGAAUUCUGGAAAGAUAGUAUGGCCAGUCUUUCAGUCUUUAGAAGCAUUUUGGCCAGGCCUGCAGACUCUAGUAGGUGAUGUUGACCUUGCCGCUAGAACAGCACGAAACUAUCACAUGGUGUGGCAGAAGUUUGGGGCUACACCAGAGUUCUUGCAAUUGGCUGGCAGACACAGUCAUCCUAUCAAGGGUAGGGAGGGUUACCCGCUAAGACCAGAAUUUGCAGAAACAGCGAUGUACUUGUAUCGUGCCACUAAAGAUGUAUACUGGCUGGAGGUAGGGAGAGAUAUUGUUGAAUCUAUUGACUAUAUCAGCAAGGUUCCUUGUGGAUAUGCAACAGUAAAGAACAUUGUAACUCAUGAGCUGGAGGAUCGCAUGGAAUCUUUCUUUCUUUCUGAAACAACAAAGUACCUGUACCUUCUCUUUGCACCUGACCAUUACCUGCACCAAGAUGUUGCUGAAUUGAGGAAGGAGGAUUUUGAGCACCUACCUGUAGACCCUGAGCUGGGUUGUGAUCUUGGCGUAGGUGGCUACACUUUCAACACUGAAGCACAUCCUUUUAAUGUAGGAGUGUUAGGUUGUUGUCAUGCACCAACUUCUUUGGUUUCAGAACUCCAUGGCAGCAGUAUUGGAGACAAAACUGAUAUAGACAUAUUGACAAUGGCAACAACAACAACAACAACAACAACAACAACAACAACAACAAGAGAUGUUGAACAAGCACCACAGUCUGAUGACAUAGCAUUGGAAUCAGAAGAAAACAAGGAGAAUGAUGAGGAUUUAACUUUUACAUUGCAGCAAAACAAUGCUGAAGCAGUGACCCUGGGAGAGACUGUGAUGAGUCAAAUAAUUCAUGAUGUACCAGUUACUUUGAAUGUUCAAGAUUUUUUAAAAUUACAACAACAAAUUAGAUCUCAGCUGUCUGCUGAUGCAGAAUCCAUUAACAUUUUGUCAUCAAAUCUUCAAAAUGAUGGCAAUGGACAUAUGUCACUUAUCGUUUCUUUGCAAUCUGAUACAGAGCAAGAGAGUGCUCCAAAGGAUACUCCCUGCUUGCCUACUGAAAUGCCAACUACUACUGCAGAUCACAACAGUCCUACUGUUUUACGUGUUGUGAGGCUGCAGUCACAAAGAAAGAGACUGUGGAACUAUGGAUCAGGUUUUCUGUGGUUAAUGUCAAACUUCACUGCAGUGCCACCUUCUGGAAGAGAGACAGCCAAGAACCCCUUUUGUUGUGAAGCAUUAGCUGCUGGUUAUGGAUGUAUGCAACGACCAUAUGAAAAGAAAUUUGCACAGCUAGCAGUACUACUGAAAGACACAUAUCUAGUGGAUAGCAUGAACCUUCCAGAGGUAUAGAAUUGAACGGUAUCCUUGUUCUGCUACAGCAGUACUUAGAUCAGUUCACAGUUCACCUAACUCAGAAAGAUACCGACAAUGCGACCGUGUCAAGUAUUUUAUUUAAUGUUCAUAUCAAAUGCAGAACUGGUACGUACGGCUUAUUAUUGUAUUAAAUAGUUUUGUGUCACUGAAUCAUAUUCUCAGUACUGGUUAGCAUGCACGAUAUUGUAAAGAAAUUUCAGGGGCUUCUGGUGUGUGUAGCCUUUUUGUAAAUAUUAAUUAAUCCCAUCUCAUGAUCUUGCU